UACAUCCGUAAAGAUGAAAAACUAGUCUCUAAUUAAUUAUUCAAUAGUAAAUACAAUUAUAUCCUAAAUGGUCAGCAAAUUCGGGUACAGAGUCAUGCUAUACGUACAACAUUAGGACCGGACAGAGUAUAUAUGCUAGCAUUUCCAAUGCAAGACGCUGACGGGUGGACCCCAGCUAGCCGACGCCCAGUUCCAUUGCCCACAAAUGACCAUGCGUGCUUGGAUACCUGCUUGGCGCGUACGCGUCUCGCGGCGGGUCAGCGGGUGCGGAAGUGGGGAAGAAAAAUCCAUGGGGACAGGGCAGUCCACGAGAAGUCGAUGUCACUAUCAUUUGUUAAUGAAGUUUGACCAAACAUGGUCGAGUGGAGCAGCUGAGCAUUUGAGCAACACGGAGUGAAGGGGAGCUGGGAAGGGGUCCAUGGCGGAAGGAGUUCUUGCCUCGAGCAUCGUCCAUGGGGUGCUGGCUAAGAUCGGCUCCUCGAUUUGGGCCGAGCUCGCGCUCCUGAGGAGCUUCAGGGCGGACCUGAGGGCCAUGGAGCGCGACUUCACCACCGUCCGGGAAGUCCUCUCUGACGCCGAGGCGCGCGGUGAUGGAGGCGUCCGCGACUGGCUGCGCAGGCUCAGGGACGUCGCCCACGACAUCGAUGACCUCCUCGAUGAGUGCCGCACAGAUCUCUGCGUCUCCGAGCGGCGGGAGAGCACUGCGUGCGGGUGCGGCCCCGUCACCAACCCCUGCUCCCUCCGCUCGUUCGCCAUGGCCCGCAGGCUGAAGUCAUUGAGGCGCAGGCUGGAAUCCAUCGCCGCUGGAAGAGACAGACUGCGCCUGAACCCCGGCAUCCAGCCGCCAGGACACCCAUCCGCUCCUCCCCGGCGCGAGACGAUCUCCAAGGUCGACGAGUCCAAGACGGUUGGGCGGGCCGGGGACAGGGAGAAGCUCAUGCGGCUGGUCCUCGAUGCCGCCAGCGACGAGGACGUGUCCGUGAUCCCCAUCGUCGGCUUUGGCGGACUCGGCAAGACGACGCUCGCGCAGUUGGUGUUCAACGACCGUCGCGCCAACGAUGAGGUGUUCGACCCCCGGAUCUGGGUCUCCAUGUCCGGCGACUCCAGCCUCCGGACGCUGGUCCAGCCGAUCGUGAGCGCGACCAAGGAGAAGUGCGACCUUGACAACCUCGACGCCGUCUCGAGCUUCCUGUCGCGGACGUUCACGGGGAUGAAGUAUCUGCUCGUUCUCGACGACGUGUGGAGCGAGAAUCAGGAGGAGUGGGAGAGGCUGCGGCUACUCCUCAAGGACGGCAAGCGCGGCAGCAAGAUCAUAGUGACUACACGGAGCCGGAAAGUUGCCAUGAUGGUUCGCACGGUGGCGCCGUUCGUGCUAGAGGGUCUCUCGGACGACGACUGCUGGGAGGUAUUCAGGUACAAGGCAUUCGAGGAAGGGGAGGAGAAUCUGCACCCCAAGCUGGUCAAGGUAGGCAAAGAAAUUGUUCACAAAUGUGGCGGCGUGCCGUUAGCAGCGAAGGCUCUUGGGAGCAUGUUGAGGUUCAACAAAAAUGAACACUCAUGGGUGGCUGUCAAGGACAGUGAGAUAUGGCAGAUGGAGAAGGAAGAGACGAUAUUGCCAUCUCUGAAACUUAGCUACGACCAGAUGGCACCUAGUGUGAAGCAGUGCUUCGCUUAUUGUUCGGUGUUUCCUAGGAGCCAUGAAAUUGACAGGGAUAAGCUUCUUCAGCAAUGGGUUGCUCUUGGUUUCAUUGAACCUACAAAGUAUCGCAGCGAAUCACUUUUCGAUAGAGCAGAUGACUGCUUUGAGCACUUGCUGUGGAUGUCAUUCCUUCAGGAAGUGGAGGAGCAUGAUUUAUCAAAGAAGGAAUUAGAAGAAGACGGCAAUGUCAAGUAUAUGAUUCAUGAAUUGGUGCAUGACCUUGCACAAUCUGUUGCAAGGGAUGAAGUUCAGACAAUCACUUCUAACCAGGUUAAUGGUCACACUGAAGGAUGCUGUUACGUAUCGCUGGCUGAUGACAUGGGAGCGCCUGAAGUUAUUCAGAGCAUGUUUCACAGAGUUCGUGCCUUCCAUUCAUGGGGAUAUAACCUUGACAUCAAGCUGGUUCUUCAGUCCAGGUGUUUGCGCGUACUGGAUUUGGGAGGCAGCCCUAUUACGGAGCUUCCCCAAAUGGUUGGCAAACUGAAACACCUAAGGUACUUGGAUGUUUCUUCAUCCCCAAUCGAAACUCUACCCAAUUCGAUCAGCAGCCUCCACAAUUUGCAUACUCUGUACCUAUCCAAUUGCAGCAAUCUCUGUAUUCUUCCCAUGUCCAUAUGCAACCUGCAAAAUUUAGAGACCUUGAAUCUUUCAGCCUGUAGCCUCCAAAACUUACCAGAUUCGAUUGGGAAUCUCCAAAACCUGGGAAAUCUGAACAUGUCAUUUUGCAAGUUUCUUGAGACAUUGCCAAACUCCAUUGGUAAACUCCAAAACUUGCGGACCUUGAAUUUAAAAGGUUGUGGUAAACUCCAUAAUCUCCCUGAUGAUAUAUGCAGCCUCCAAAAUUUGCAAUUUUUUAACCUUUCACAGUGUGGUAUUCUCCGAGAAUUGCCUAGAAAUAUCGGUAACCUGUCAAAUUUGUACCACCUGAAUUUAUCACAAUGCAAUGAUCUCAAGUCAGUCCCAGAUUCAAUACGCCGGAUAACCCGUUUGCAUACUUUGAAUAUGUCUCAUUGCAGUAGUCUAUCAGAAAUACCAGUAUCUAUUGGUGGCCUUAAAGAGCUUCAGUUUCUUAUUUUGUUGCAUCAUUCAAGCAGUUUAUCACUUCCUAUAUCAACCGGCCAUCUACCAAACUUGCAGACGUUGGAUCUCUCCUGGAAUAUUGGUCUGGAGGAAUUGCCUGAAUCAAUCGGCAGUCUUCAUAAUUUGAAGAUCCUGAUCUUGUUCCAGUGCUGGAGUCUUUCCAGGUUGCCUGACUCUAUAUCCAACCUUGUGAUGUUGGAAAGUUUGAACCUUGUUGGAUGUGAACAGCUGACAAAGCUACCUGAUGGCAUAAUAAGCAUCAGCAAUCUAAAGCACCUGAGAAAUGACCAAUGCUCAGCUUUGGAGAGACUGCCUCAUGGAUUUGGGCAAUGGACAAAACUUGAAACAUUGUCCCUACUUACAGUAGGUGACAAAAAUAGCAAUAUUGCUGAGCUAGAGCACCUUAAUGUUUUAACUGGUCAGCUGAGGAUUGAAUGCCAGUCACCCAUGAAGGUUCCGUCAACUGAUGCCAUGAGAGCGAACUUAAGGAAGAAGAAAAAGUUAAGCAGCUUAACCUUGUCAUGGACCAGGUCUUGUUCCAUUGAAGAACUGAUAAGUGCUGAAACAUUUCUUGAAGUCCUCAUGCCACCUGAAAACCUCGAAGUUUUUGAGAUAGACGGUUAUCUGGGCACUAAAUUUUCCAGUUGGAUGAUGAACAGCAUGGAACUGUUGCUUCCGAAUCUUGUUUCCCUCAGUUUCAGCAACAUCCAUCAUUGUAGUUGCCUUCCGCACCUUGGCCAUUUUCCGCAUCUACAGUCUCUUCAGCUCCGCCACAUUACCGGUGUUUAUAGCAUGGACUCUGAAAUGCCUGUAAAAAUAAACAAAGGUACUCUAUACCGAUCGUUGAAGGAACUCCACUUUGAAGACAUGCCCAACCUGGAGAUUUGGCUAACAUCACCGGUAACCGAUCACAAGGACAAAGAACCAGACCUAUUCAAGUUUCCUGUUCUUAAAACUGUCACUGUAACUGAAUGCCCAAUGUUGACACCACAGCCGUGCCUGCCUGAUGCCAUAGCAGAUUUGUCGGUGUCCGGCAGCAGCUCGAUGUUAUCAGUUGGUAGAAUCGCCGUACCACCAUCAUCGCUUCUGAGGAGAUUAUGGAUUAAAAACUGCCAUGUUUCUUCUAACGAGUGGAGAUUGUUGCGGCACAGACCAAAGCUCGAGGACCUAGUGAUCGAAUACUGUGAGAGGCUGCAUGUUCUGCCCGAGGCCAUCCGGUCCCUCACUAACCUGCGGAGACUGAAGAUUCUAAAUUGCAGGGAACUGAAAGCCCUUCCGGAAUGGCUCGGUGAACUUGCGACGCUUGAAUCUCUGGAGAUACGCUGCUGUCCCAAGCUGGUUUCACUGCCCAAAGGUUUGCAAGGCUUGACUGCACUGGAGCAGCUAACCGUCACUGGGUGCAGCACUGAUCUGAACGAGAGGUGCACAAAAGCUACAGGCAGAGAUUGGUUCAAGAUAUGCCAUGUUCCAAGUAUCAUUGUCUCAUAAGGCUCUGUUUGGCAACUUUGUUUGUUUUUUUGUUUUUGUUUUUUUUAAGGAAUGCCCACCGGCAGAUUUAUUGAUUCAUCAGAAUAGUUACAUCAUUCAUUAAAUACUAAAGAAGAAAACUAGGGGGUUCAUCGUCCCACAUA